UCCAGACUUUCCAGUCAUGCUUCUUAAUUUUACAAUAAUACAUGUGGAUCGGUUAAACUAUGAACAGAGAAACUUCCUUUUCUAUACUGCAACAUUGCCAUUUGUUUUUCCUAGUAAUCUCCAACUGCUCACUUCUAAAACUCUACAGAAUUUGAUUGUCUUAAGCUAGAAAUUAGAUUUGAAAGGACCGCAUGUAUUUGUUUGUUUUCAGUAUUCUUGUAAUAGUACAGUGGAAGAGAAACCAAACUGCCUUAGUUCUAACAGCAACAAAACAACAUUGUCUGCCAAAAUCCCAGUGAGGUGAGUGAGACUUGUGAUGAACAUUUUCUGAGAUCCGAGACUCAUAUAAGACCCAAAAAAAUGUUCAAGUCAUGGAGCAGGAAGAAGAAGGUCAAAGUUGUAUUCAAAUUGGAGUUUCAGGCCACUCAGGUGCCAAAACUGAAAAAAUCAACAUUGAUGAUAUCUUUGGUGCCAGAGGAUGUUGGAAAGCCAACAGUGAGACUAGAGAAAGCUGCAAUUCUGGAUGGAACCUGCACAUGGGAGAAUCCUAUCUAUGAGACAGUGAAACUCAUUAGGGAAUCAAAAACAGGAAAACUCAAUGAGAAAAUUUACCACUUCAUUGUUUCAACUGGAUCAUCAAAAUCUGGUUAUCUUGGAGAAGCUUCAAUUGAUUUUGCAGAUUUUGAGGCAGAGACUAAACCAUUAACUGUUUCUCUGCCCCUUAAGUUUGCAAACUCUGGCGCAGUUCUGCAUGUGACAAUUCAGAAGAUGGAGGAAGAUACUGAUCAAAAAGAUGGUGAAGAGUAUGGAGCUCAAUUACUUAUACAUGAUGAAAGCAUGAAUAGUCAACCAAGCAAUUGCAGUGCAGAUGAUAACUUUUACAAUUUUGCUGAAGAUAUGAAUCUGAAAGAAGCCACAUCUCAGAUUGCUGAACAAAAUGGCAUCUUUAGAGCACCUACAGGCUCUAAUGCUACAUUAGCAUCAUGUUGGGAUAUCAACUCUAUAAAAAGUACACAAGAAGAUCUUGGAUUCAGAAGUAGUAGCAUCCAUCAGGAACCCACCAGCUUCCACACACAUAACAGACAAAACUCCAUGCCUAAGGGAACAUUUGAUGCCAUCACCACAAAAAAGAAUGCGCAUCGGAGAUCAAACACAGAUUGGUCAGUGGAUUCAGCUUCAGAUGCAAGUUUAGUUGACUCAAUAAACAGCCUGGAGGACAAUCUUCCAAGAGAAAAGUUACAAGAGGCAUCAGAAGAUUCCCUUGAAAAACUCAAAAAUGAAAUUGCUACUCUAAAGAGACAAGCAGAUUUAUCGGAAAUGGAAAUACAGUCCCUUCGGAAACAAAAUGUGAAGGAGAAGAAACAGGGAGAAAAUCUAUCAAGACAAAUUAUUAGCCUUAAAGAGGAGAAAAAUGCACUCAAAAUAGAAUGUGCACAACUCAAGUCGCAGCAGAAAUGCAUUGAUGAUGCAGAAGCUACAAACAAAUUGCAGUCUGAGAUUAAGAAUACAAGGGUUCAGUUAGAAGCAACAAGGCAAGAGCUUAAUUAUGAAAAGAAAAUAAGUAAUGAUCUUCAGUUACAGCUGCAGAAAACACAAGACUUGAACUCAGAGUUAAUUCAUGCAGUGAGAGACCUUGAAGAAAUGCUGGAGAUAAAAAAUAGGGAACUGGCUACAGAGCACAAUGAUGCCAAGGAAGUAGACAUGUUGGAGCAGAACAUCAGCGACCUGAAUGGUGAAAUAGAAUUUUACAGGAAACACAAGGAAGAGCUAGAUAUGCAUACAAAACAGCUCACAUCGGACUAUGAGUUUUUAAAGCAGGAAAACCAUGAUAUCUCAUUAAAGUUAGAGGAAAGCCAAAUACAACAACAGAUGACACAAAACAAAUGCUCAGCUUCUUUGGCUACAAUAAAAGAACUUGAAUCCCAUGUAGAGAGAUUAGAAGAAAAAAUCAAGAUGCAGGCAGAAGAAUUCUCAGAAUCUUUGAUCUCCAUCAAUGAACUUGAAGCUCAAGUUAAGGGAUUAGAGAAAGAACUGGAAAAGCAGGCACUGGGAUUUGAAGAAGAUUUAAAUGCCAUGGCAAUUGCCAAGACUAAGCAGGAACAGAGAGCCAUCCGGUCAGAGGAGGCCUUGAGGAAGACAAGGUGGAAUAAUGCUGCUACAGUUGAGCGUGUCCAGGAGGAGUUUAGAAGUCUUUCUGUGGAAAUGGCAUCUAAACUUGAUGAGAAUGAGAAGCAGGCCAUGGAAGCACUGACAGAAGCUAAUGAAUUGCGCCUGCAGAAAAGAACUCUGGAAGAAAUGCUCCAGAAAGCCAACGAAGAGCUUGGAUUGAUUAAAGAUCAGAAUGAAGUAAAACAGCAAGAGCUUUUGAACCAAAUACGUUUAAAUGAAAAGCAAAUAGAGAAGAUGUCAUUGGAGCUACACCAAAAGUCCAAGCAACUUGAAUAUGUACAAAAUCAUGAGACAGAACAUCAUGAGGCUUUCUCGAUGGAGAUGCAACUGCUUAAAGCAGAGGUAGAAAGGCUCACAAAAGAGAAGUAUGAGUUCUCUAAGCAGGCAGAAACCGGACAAGUUAAGACAUCAGUUGGUGAAAAAGAGAUGCUCAUGCAUAUGUGGAACAAAGAAAGGGAUGCUCUGGAGAAAAAAUUAGCUUCAGCAGAGAAGGAAGCAGAAAAAAUACAUGAAGAAUUUAUUAAAAUUAAGUCCUUAAAAGAUGAGAAGGAAACAAUAAAUAAAGAGCUUCUGUCAGAAGUGGAAAAACUUAGAGCCUGCCAUGAUGAGUUAAAACAUGGAUUUUCUAGGGAAGAAUUGGAGAAAGAAAAUUUAAGGAAACAGAUAUUUCAACUAGAGCAUCAACUAAAGAAGAAGGAAGAAGAAAUCACCAGUAUUGAGAAAAAGCUCAUGAAUUGCAAUGGACAGUCUAAAGAAAGCAAAAAGGUCAAGGAGUAUCUAAUGCUUUCUAAAAUGGGCACUACAGAUGGCACGUUAAUCCAGAAAGGAGUUGGCGAAGCACCAUGUGAAAGGAGAGUAGAAACUCACUCAAAGAAAGAUCUUGAAGUUUCUACCAAGAAUGAGUGUAACAAUACCAACUUGUUAUCUGAAGUGACAUUACUAAAGGAAAGGAACACAUGUAUGGAAAAAGAACUGAAAGAAAUGGAAGAGAGAUAUUCGGAGAUAAGUCUCAAAUUCGCAGAGGUAGAAGGUGAAAGGCAACAACUAGUAAUGACUGUACGGAACCUCAAGAAUGGUAAGAAGAAUUAGCAUUCUAUAAUGCACUGGAGAUCCGAGACUGGGAACUAUGCGUUGAUGGAGCAGCAGGAUAUGUUUAGCAAUUGAGCAACUAAACCAACCAGGUGUGACCAUUACUUUCAUUGCAGUAUCAUCAAGAAAAUGAUAUCAAAUGCAUCAAGUAGCAUGUCCUCAUGAGUCUAUUGCUCAUUUCUACAUGAAGGGGAAGUACAAGUUUACCAGAAAAUCAACCAAUUGAGCUCAUAUGCUCAGUGACAGAUCCGAGUUUGCAAGCAAGUAGAUCUAAUUAAGAUAAUGUAUUACAUCUAUUAUUAUCAACACUUUUUUUUU